AUGGUGAACAGGUCACCGGGUAUCAGCCGUCCUCCUAAAUUGCGAUUCAUGGGCGACUCUCUGCACCACUGCCUGUAUGCUUUCAUCUGCGGUAGCGGGUCACUUCCUCCCAGCCCCUUGACCAUCGGUGCGCGAUCGGAGACCCGUUCCAUCCUCCUACUCCCAGACGGGCCCGUCCCCCGCCGACAUGCUCAUGCGGAGAGCAGCGCUCCGUCAGGUUCGUCUCACUAUGCCAUCUCCCCCUCCUUCAUAUUCGCCAAGUCGGCGUCAAAUGGGAGCUGGUCAUUUGGAGAGAAUGAUCUGCAACCCGAGCCCUCCAUGUCGAACACGAUAUCUGCGUCUUUUGAGCUCCAUAAUAUGCCCUGUCACAUGGACUGGAUGUCCGUCAUGCCGGCGCUGCCUGCAGAAACCUGCCCUAGCUCAGACUCUCUGUCCGGACUUUGUUCCAGAAGGCCAAGACCAAGGGCCUUUGAUUUCGGCCUCGGAUCAUCGGGCGGCCCCUCACCAUACCGCCUUAAAAAGUUCAAAGCCCGAGAGCCCCAUGCCAACAUGGAUGGCGCUCACCUAAUAUGUCGGGCCCGCUUCUAUCAUUUGAAUCCCAUUCACUGGACGAUACCGUUACGCAUGCAGGUACUGGCGUCCUUCGCUCCUCUCCAGAUAGAGGCUGCUCUGAAAGUAAAACAUGCCGAAUCCCUUUCCCCCGGGCCCCAACAACAACAACAACAACAACAACAACAACAACAACAACAACAACAACAACAACAAUGGCAAUGA